AUGGAGCAGAGACCUGACACCGGCCACAAGGAGAAUGUGCCUCCCCGGCCUCCGACCCCCCUGAAGCCAGGCAAGAGGCUUAAGCAACGGAGACUCCUGAAGAGCCCAGGUGUCGUCCUGAGCAGUGGACGUGGCCGGUGGGUGCCCGCGGGCCAGGCUGGGAGAAGAGAACCUGCCACCACACCCUCCCCGAGGGUAGUGUUUCUCCAGGAGCCCUGCCGAGUCCAGACCAACCUGGCCAGGCCUAUACCCCGCCUGGGCCCUGCCCUGAAGGACACGACUGGCCGGCUGAUCAGCCCAAGAUUCCAGCAGCAGAGUAACCUACAGCCCCUGGGUGUCCCCCGCCGGGGGGCAGCGCGCACGUUUGCCGUCCAGCAGAGUAACCUGGGCACAAGGGAGGCCCUCUUGGCUGAGUGUGGAAGUCGCGGCAGCCACCGCCUCUGGUCGGAGCCUCAGGAAAGCCACUGGCCUCACAGGAUGCCCCCGGGAAGCCCCCUACCUGGAGAGCCACAGGCUCGCCCGCCCUCCACCCUGAAGCAGCCCCGGCCGCUGGCCACAGACACCCCCUGCCUGGGCUUCAGGCCCACUGCACGCUAUGCCCGUGUCCGUGGGCACGCACAGCCAGGCUCCAGAUCCUGGAGUGGCCUGGAGAACUGGACCUCUAGGCUCCUGGGGGAGUCCCUCACCCUGGAGGACUUGGCUGUCCCCGUCAAGAGCCAGGCUGGGGCCCCAUCCCAGGCCUCCAUCUCCCAGCUCCUGGCCUCCGUGCAACGCCUGGAGCACGAGGCAGCCCGCCGCGCGCGCCAGGAGCCCCAGCGACCCCCAGGCCCGUCUCAGCAGGAGCCCCGGACCAGCAAUGGCCAGGCCCUCCCUGCUUGCCCCCAGCCCAGCCAGCCUGGCCUCGUUUCCUGGGACGAGAAGAAGAUACACCCCCGAGGUCUCAGGGGCGCUGUGGAUUUCCCAGAGACACCAGGGCUCCAGGUUGGCCUCGCAGACUGGCAGGCAAGCACCAAGCCCGCAUCGCAGCCACCGGAGACCACUCUGGGGGUGCCAACUGGGGAAUUCCUGGACCCCGAGCAGGAGGUCCUUCCUGCCUGUGCCCUAAGCCGGCAGCUGCUGUCCAGAUGUUUCGGAGCCUGGCAGCACUUGGCGCGGAGGCGGCAGGCGGUGGCGAUGGCAGUGGCCCUGGGCCACCGGCGGCUGUUGCGCAGGGGUCUGCAGGCAUUCCGCUGGGCACUGUGGCUCCGGGAGGCCCAGCUAGAGGUGGCGUGGCGCCGACACACGAGGGCCCUUCUGGCCCGGAGCUUCCAAAAGUGGAGAAGCCUGACUCGGCAGCAGAAACAAGGGCAGCCCCACAUCCAGGCUGGGGCAGGACCCGCACCCUCUGUGGGAGGCCAGGGCCAACGCGCCUCAGGAACGAAGCCAGCGGUGGACCCUGCCCAGAGAAGCAGGUGCUUGGGAACCAGUCCAGGGAGUCUGAGGGAAGAGGCAGGACCUCGGCCGAUCCCACUGUGUUCUGGGCCGAGACCAGAUGGAGGAGACAGGAGAGUUCAGAUCCUGCAGGCCCUGCAACGUCUGGCUGCCUUCCUCCUGUGGUGCUACCAGAAGGAAUGGGCCAGGCGGGAGAAGGGGGUCCGGAGAGAGGCCUCCGGGGCCACGCUGACUCAGAGCAUGGGGAGGCCCCCCCAGGCCCGCUGCUCUCCCGCUGCAGAUGCAGCCUUGGUGGCCCCACUGGCCCCCCAGCCCCAGAGAGCCUGCCUCCGCAGGUGCUUCGGGGCCUGGCAGCAGCUGGGGAGAAGCGGGGCCCAGUAUCAGGAGCGCAGGGCUGACCAGAUGGGAGCCCCGAGGAUGUGCCUGAGACAGUGGAUGUGGAUGAAGCAGCUCCGGGCAGCGGGUGGGGCAAAGCUGACUCAGCUGUCCCUCUGCCCGCAGAAGGUGGGGAACAUGGCCCUCUGCAGCUCAGCCCCUGGAGGGGCCACCUCCCAUGGCCUGGGGUGGGUGGCGCAGGCCCAGGGGCUGCCCCAGGGGCAAGGCCCGAGGCUGGCCUUCCACCCGGUGCCGCUGCUCUGGAAGGCGAGGCUCGCCCAGCGCCAGCGGGCCAACUCCUUCUGCCAGGGCAUGCAGCAUCGGAUGCUAAGGCGCAUCCUGCAGGCGUGGCACUCGAGGGUAUGGGAUCGGGGUACCCCAUCAGACAGUACCAGGACCAUCUGGGCCCUAGAACCGCUGGGCAGCAUACCUGGAGGAGAGGGCUCGCUGGGCUGCAACACACCCCGCAGCUCACUGGACAAGGCUUCCAGGGCCCCCGCCCUCCUGGACACCCUUCGGCGGAGCUUUCUGUGGGCAGCAGGGCGGCAGCAGGGGGCGCGGUGCCUUCUGCUCGGGCAGGCUCGGGCUCAGCGGUCCCAGCGUGUGGCCAGGUGGCAGCAGCACACCCUUCGGAGGCGCGUCCUCCUCAGCUGGAGCCACUGGGCAGUGGCCCAAGGGGCUCAGAGAGAGCUGGCUGCCCUCUGGGCCUGCGAUGGGAGCCGCAGGGCUGCGCUGGGCCUGUGGCGGCGGCGGCUGGAGCAGAGGCGGGAGGCAGAGCAGCGGGCCGGGGAGCAAGGCCCGAGACCCGUGCGAGAUGCCCUGCAGCGCUGGCCGUCCUGCUGGCAGAGGCAGCAGUUCCUGCGGGAACAGUGCCAGCGGUGGCUGCGGGCUCACCGCCAGGGCCUGCAGGGGGCCCUGUUCCAGAGCUGGCGGCAGGCGGCGGCUCACCGGAGGCGGAGGAGGCAGAGGGCGGCCAGGCCAGAGCAGCUCCUGCUGCGCAGCCAUUCCCAGGCCUGGGCUAGAUCUGCGAGAGACGCAGGGAUGCUCCCCGUCUGGCAUCGAGCCUUCCAGGAUGUCCCGAGGAGACGGGUGCUGGGGGCCGCCUGCGCCGUGUGGUGCGAAGCCCAAGUGACCGCAGCCCAGACACACGAGCGUCGCGUGGCCCAGGCUUCCGUCGCUCGCUGGAGAAGCCACGUGCCGGGGGCCCAGGCCCAGCAGGCCUUUGUAGCGUGGCGAGUGGCCCUAGGCCAGUGCUGUGAGGCCCGCCAGCCGGCAGAAGAGAGAGCUCGGACCCAGGCCCAGGUGGCCCUGUGCUGGACGCUGUGGGAGCAUGAGUCCCGCCUACACCGGCUCAGCCGAGCCCAUGCUGCCCGGAAGCUGAGCGCCAGGGUCCUGGAGGCCUGGGCCCAGUCAACCGCCCAGGGCCGUGUCCAGCGGGUCGCCAUCACCCAGUUCCAGCAGACUGGGCACAGGCACCUGCUGCGGACCCACUGGGCCCAGUGGCGGACAGCGCUGCUCAGAGUGUGGCUGGAGUCGCAGAAGGAGGCCCCGGAGACGGGCACAGCCCACCCCUGGCCCAGCGCCGAUCUCAGGCAGUGGCCCAGGCUGGCCAGCAGAGGGCGCCUCCUGGUGCUGAUGGACACUGUAGCCCCCUGGAAGCAGGAGGAAACACCUGCGGCGGUGGCACGAGGCACUGCUCCGCCGGCUCCAGGGCUCCCAGCAGGCCAGGCGCCUGGCAGCAACAUGGCAGCGCUGGGUAGAUGCCCAAGGGGCAGAGGAGCUGGCAUGGUUGCUAUGCCCCAGGGGGACGGGGGCUACGGGGAGCACAGUGCCCUGGCAGCGGUCGGCCCGCUUAGGGGCCUUCUCACCACUGUCCCCAAGGCUCAGACACCUGAGAUGGGCCUGGCGAACGUGGCGGCGGGUGGUGCAGCUGCAGGUGGCCCGGCAGCUACAGCAACAGACGAGGGCUGGGCCUUUGAGAAGAGGCACCAGAACCUGGCGGCCAGGAGCCUGAGGAGGAGCCACCAGCGGCCUGAGACCCCUGAGUAA